GUGAAGCAGCUCCGAAGCCGAAUGAUGUUUCUGUCGGAGCAGAGUCUUGUUCACACUUGUCUAAUGCUGACUGAAUGACAGUUUCUGUUUUUAUGCGUGCCAUAUAACUUUUUAAUCCCCUCAGCUCCGGUUCUGUUUUUACAAAGCAGAUUUCUGUGUAUUUUAUUUGCGCGUUUCUUGGCUCAAAUGUAAAAUAUUGAUGAAAAGGGGGAAGUUUCAUGUCACACUGGACAGAAAGUGAGCUGCCACAAACAUGACGGACGCUGUAAAGUUUGCAGUUCCAUUCCUGUUUCUCAUCUUUAUUUUACCCCCCUCCACGACCGCUCCGUCGACGGCGUACCACGGAAAUGUGGGUGAAAACUCUACCUCGCAGACGCUCGUACCUGUCAGAGCACCGCGCCGCGACCCCUCGCCGGAAUCGGGACCGGGCAGCGCUUUAGCGGGAGAGGGAGCCUCCGAUUUUAGUGCUGUCCCUCCCAGCCACGACAGCCGCCGGUCUCUGGAAGCCUCAAGAAGUUUAGGCUGGCAGUAUGCACUAAAAGCCGAUGCCACGGAGCUGGAGAUCCAAGUCCCGGACGUAAACAGCAGCGCCCCAGAAAGUGGACAGGCAACGCCUUCCGGGCCCCCGAUUGAUGCGGGCGGCGUCGCUCCGCGGCUCCUCGUUAACAAGCACCCUAUGCCCAUGCCGCGGAUGCCGAGGGCAGCGCCCGGGGAGCUGUCCUACGCUGUCCCCGUGUCCGAGGACGCGCGUAUCGGGGACCUGAUAUUCACGGUGCCCGAUCACAGGUUUACCAGGCGGUGGUUCGAGGUGGUCCUGGGCGGGGACCCGACGGUCCAGAUCGAGCGGGACUCGGGCCGGCUGUACUUGGCCAGUAGGCUGGGGAGCGCUGCUGAUGUGCUGGUUAAAAUCCACAACUUCGGAGGAGACGAGUGGUACCUGUGCCGGCUGACCCUGCGUGCACCUGGCAUGUCAGACCUGCAGUGGGCCAUGUUCCCGUUCCCCUACCUGGCCGCCAUCGGCCCCAACACAGCCCCAGGCUCCACGGUCUACCGACUGUCAGCCCGUCGCACCACUGACUCUUUGGGCUCCUUGCGCUUUCUGCUGGUGGAGGGAGGGGAGGGCCGGUUUGAGGUCGACCCAGCGUCCGGGGAGAUUCGGACCACAGAGCAGCCGUUGACGAUCAACAAGGAGUAUGUGCUGACGGUGCAGGUGGAGGACUCGCUGGCCCAGAGGGGCUCGCUCGCGACCGUGGCCGUCCUGGUGGGCUUCCGUCCACCCCAGUUCACCAACGCGUCCUACACGGCCUUUGCUCCAGAGAGCAUGGCAGCCGGGCAGGCCAUCACCGUGGCGCAGGCCAUAUCGUUCCAGCGACAGACCCUCUCCUACACGCUGACGAUGAAUCCUGGCAACCUGUUCAGCAUCAACCAGGAGAGCGGCGCCGUGAGCCUCACCCGAGCCGUGGACUAUGAGGGAGGCCAGCACCUGUAUCACCUGCAGAUCCGCGCCUCCGAACCAGGAACGGGCCUGAGCAGCCUGGCAGAGGUGGUGGUGCACAUCACUGAUGAGAACGAUUGCACCCCAGAGUUCAUGCAUUCCAUAUACAGCCGGGACAAUGUUGCCGAGGUCACGCCCCCCGGAACCUCCCUGCUGCAAGUGCUGGCCCGGGACUGUGACAGUGGCCUGAAUGCGGAAGUCUCCUAUUUCAUCCAGAGUCCAGACUUUGACAUUAACGGCCAGGGCGUGGUGAGUCCGCGCCAUGCGUUGGAUUAUGAGCGGCCCAACCACAUGUACGAGUUUGUGGUGGUAGCGGUGGAUCGCGGCGCUCCGGCACGCACCGGCACCGCCUCCGUCCGGAUCCGUCUGGCCAAUGUGAACGACGAGGUCCCUGUCUUCUCACAAGCCAUGUAUAAGACCUUUCUGUCUGAGGACGCGGGACCGGAGACGCUGGUAGCCAUUGUCCACGCCAAGGACCCGGAUGGGGACGCGGUAACGUACGCCAUCACCGGGGGCAACGAGGACAGCAACUUCGAGCUAGACAAUCAGAAGGGAAUCAUCAAGCUGCGCAGAAGCCCUCCUCCCAGGCUCCGGGGCCCCCAGUACAUCCUGAAUAUCACGGCCACGGACGACAAUGCUUCCGGUGGGCCCCACCCACUCAGUAGCUCCGCCCAGGUCAUCGUGGGCAUAAACGACAUCAACAACAACAAACCCGUCUUUGACGAGUGCCAGAACUACAGCCUGAGCACCUGGGUCCUUGAGAACCAGCCGCUGGGGACCUUUGUGCUGCGGGUACAUGCCCACGAUGCUGAUAUGGGUGCCAACGGGCAGGUCCGAUAUGGUAUCAUGCACCGUGACAGCGCCACCUCCGGCUUCGCCAUCCAUCCCGAAACCGGUGUCAUCAGCACCACGGCGAGCUUCGACCGCGAGCGGCAGCGGGAGUACACCCUGUCCGUCACGGCCACCGACCUCGCGGAGGAGCCCCUCAUCGGCAUCUGCCAGAUCACCGUGCUCAUCGCCGACCAGAAUGACAACGACCCCAAGUUUGAGAACAGCCGAUAUCAGUACUUCCUGCGUGAGGACACACCCGUGGGGACCAGCUUUCUGCGUGCUGCCGCCCACGAUGAUGACCAGGGGGCCAACGCCGCUAUCACCUACUCGCUGUCCCGCCACCAGCCCGCCUACUUCCACAUCAGCCCCAGCACCGGCUGGAUCUACGUCAACCAGCCCAUCUCACAGACGUCCCGCAUCAGCCAGCAGAUCAUCGCCACAGACGGGGGGAACCGAAGCGUAUCGGUGGAGCUGACCGUCAUGAUCACCAACAUCUACAACCAGCCCCCGGAGUGGGAGCGGGCGGAGUACUUGGUCACCAUUCCGGAGAACACAGUGCGGGACACCAAGAUCGUGACCAUAAAAGCCACAUCGCCCUUGGGUGACCCCCGGGUGACCUACAACCUGGAAGAGGGGCAAGUUCCGGAGACCAACAUGCCCGUGCGCUUCUACAUCAAGCCCAACCGGGCCGACGGCUCUGCCUCCAUCUUGGUGGCCGAGCCUCUGGACUUCGAGGUCACGCGGUUCUUCACGCUGCGGGUCCGGGCGCAGAACGUGGCUGCCGUACCGCUGGCAUCCUUCACCACUGUCUAUGUUAACCUCACAGACGUCAACGACAACGUGCCGUUCUUCAUGUCACCCACGUACGAGGCCAGUCCCGAGGGGGCCGACAUCGGCACGUCGGUGAUCCAGGUGUCUGCCGUGGACCUGGACUUGGGCCUCCAUGGCACGAUCAACUACAUCAUCCUGAAGGACCAGACCGGAGACUCGCAGUUCUUCAGCAUCAACGCCCACACAGGAGUCAUCCAUAGCCGCGCCUCCUUCGACAGAGAGCAGAAGGGCUCCUAUCUGAUCGAGGUCCAGUCGCAGGACAGCUCGGAGUCGGCCAGGCCGGGCCAGCAAGGGCAGCCCAACACAGACACAGCCUACGUGCGGAUCUUCAUCACAGACGUCAACGACAAUGCCCCCGCCUUCUCCCAGCCCGUGUACGAGAUCAGCGUGGAGGAAGACCAGGAAGUGGGUUCCGCGGUCAUCACUGUCACAGCCAACGACGAGGAUGAAGGGGCGAAUGCCAAGCUGCGGUACCAGAUCACGGCAGGCAACGUACUGGGCGCCUUCGACGUAGAGCCCGAGGUGGGCACAGUGUUCAUCGCACAGCCGCUGGAUUACGAGGUCGAACGGCGCUAUGAGCUGUGGCUGGUGGCCUCCGACGGCAAGUGGGAGAACCGGACGGCGGUGGUGGUGAACGUGGUGAACCGCAACGACGAGGCGCCUCUCUUCGGGCAGAGCGAGUAUCACGCGGCCGUCACCGAGGAGCUCAGCGGCGGGCCCGUGCUGGUGCUGGAGGUGUCAGCCAUCGACCCCGAUCAGGAGGCAGACCAGGCUGCUGUUCGGUACUCGCUGCAUGGGCAGGGGGCCGGGAGCGAGUUCACCAUCGAGGAGUGGACAGGCCGCAUCUACGCACAGAAGAAGCUGGACCGAGAGGAGCGCGCAGUCUGGCGUUUCCUGGUGCUGGCGACCGAUGAGAACGGAGUGGGCUUAACGGGCUUCGCCGAUGUCAUCGUGGAGGUGCGGGACGUCAAUGACAAUGCGCCGGCGUUCCCGUGCGUUGUGGAGAGCUGCUUCGUGGGCUACGUGCCAGAGAACUCGCCGGCUGACACGUCCAUCAUGGACAUGAGGGCUACAGACCUGGAUGACCCCAAAGCCGGCAAGAACGCCAUCCUGACGUACCGGAUCAUGCAGAACGUGCGCAACGAGAUCAACUUGAACUUGUUCUCCAUCAAUCCCUCCACAGGGACCAUUUAUACAGUGCUUCGUUCACUGGACAGGGAGGCAGUGGAUCGAUACUUCGUGGUGGUGGAAGCUCAAGACGGAGGUGGUCUCUCGGGGACCGGAACUGCGACUAUUAUGGUGUCCGACGUCAAUGACCACACUCGUUUCACCCAGAAGGUGUACACAGCCUCUGUGACCGAGAACCUGGACAUCAACAGUGCAGUGCUGGUGGUGUCCGCCACAGAUGGGGACCAGGGAGAGAAUGCGCUGAUGACCUUCAGCGUCGUGGGAGGCGACGAGGACCGCAAGUUCUUCAUCGAGACGGACAAGGUUAAUCGGCGGGGGACUGUCCGGCUGAAGAAGAAGAUCGACUUCGAGAAGCCCCAUGAACGUACCUUCAACCUGACCCUGAAGGUGGAGGACAUGGACUUCUUCAGCCUGGCCUACUGUGUCAUUCAGGUGGAGGACUCCAACGACCACGCGCCUGUUUUCUUCCCCCAGUUCUACGACACAGGCUCCAUGUUCGAAGACGUUCCCAUCGGGACGAUAGUUGCUCAAGUCACUGCCGUUGACCUGGACUCAGGCCAGAACGGGAAGUUCUUCUACACCAUCGUUCCUGAAUCUGAUCCCAAUGACCAGUUCCUGGUGGAUAAGAAUGGAUGGGUGGUCGUGGCAGGUUCCUUGGAUCGAGAAAAGAUCUCUCAGCACCGCCUCAUGAUUCAUGCUACAGACUUGGGCAACCCGGCGCUGACAGGCACAGCCAUCGUACUGGUGACUGUGCAGGACGUCAAUGACAACGGUCCAGAGUUUGAGGCACCUUAUAAGCCAAUCGUGUGGGAGAACUCAGCUGCACCCCAGAUAGUCCAUAUGAAUGAGACCUCGGCCUGGCUGCACGCCACCGAUAGGGACUCCUCCCCCAACGGGCCCUUCGCCAUCCGCCUGCUCACACAGAGCCACGAUGCGGCUAGCUUCAACCUGACGGACCUCAGGAACGGCAGCGCUCUCCUCACUGCCCUGCUCACCUUCGACCGGGAACAGCAGAAGGAGUAUCUCCUGCCCAUCCUAAUGAUUGACAGCGGAACUCCUCCAAUGAGCUCCACCAACACGCUGACUGUUACCAUCGGCGACCGGAAUGACCAUCCCCAUGUAGCUGGCCACACAGAUUUUAUCGUUUACAGCUACAAAGGCUUCCUGCCAACAGCGCCACUCGGACAGGUUCGAUCCCCCGACCUUGAUGACUGGAAUGAGAAGCUUUACCGACUGGAAGGCAAGCCCUCCAGGCACUUUGUGCUGAACCGGAGCUCUGGGCAGAUCAGCCUGACGGCCGACACUCCGCCUGGAAGCUACAGCCUGCAGGUGCGGGUGUCAGACGGAACCUGGCCCGACGUGAUCUCCACCGCAGAGGUCAUCGUCAUGGAGCUGAAGGAGGAGGCCGUGCAGAAUGCUGGCUCCCUGCGCUUGUCUAACAUCACCCUGGAGGAAUUCUUCUCAAGGGCCCCAGGCCGGGAGAGUCGAUUCCUGCGGCUGAGGCGCUUCCUGUCCGAGGCCCUGCGGACGGAGCCCGAAUGCGUGCAUGUCUUCAGUGUGGCUGAGAGCCGGCGGCGCCCCCGAGAGGUCAGCGUGUGGUACGCCGCCCACGGCUCGCCCUACUACAAGGCCGAGAAGCUCAAUGGGAACGUGGCCUUGCAUAAGGCUAAGCUGGAGGCUGCACUGGGCACGCCCGUUUCCCAGGUGGGUGUGGACGAGUGUGUCUUCAGCGACUGCGGCUCCACGGGGGGCUGCAGCAGCAGCGUGCGCUUUGCCGACACCCCCACCCCGCUGAGCAGGGGCAGCACUGCGCUGGUGUCACUGGCCGCUUCUGUCGGAGCCCGGUGCGGCUGCCAGGCCCGGGAGAGCCCCCACCUCGCCUGCGCCUCCUACCCACGCGGCCCGUGCCUGAACGGGGGCACCUGCGUCGACGGGGAGCUGGGAUACAGGUGUCAGUGCCCCCCCAUGUUCGACGGGCCUGAGUGCCAGCAGGUGAAGCACACGUUCGGUGGGCACGGAUACGCCUGGUUCCCCCCGCUGAAGCCCUGCUUCUACAGCCGCAUUUCUCUGGAGUUCCUGACGGAGGAGCCGGAUGGGCUGCUGCUGUACAACGGGCCUCUGGGUCCCACACAGGCCGGCGAUGUCGAGGACUUCAUCGCACUGGAGCUGAAGAACGGGCUUCCCACCCUGAGCGUGAGCCAUGGUUCUGGGGUCCUGACCUUGCAGCUGGCCCUGAAGCUGGGGGUCGCCGACCGGCGCUGGCACCGCCUUGACAUAACGAACGACGGCAAGACUGUGCACUUUACGCUGGAUCUCUGCUCUGGAGCCACAGUAGCUGAGGGGGACGGGCUGGGGUCUGAGGAGCCCGAGGUGGACGAGUCAGCCUGCAGGGCGUCCGGCGAGACCCCAGGGACGGCGAGAUUCCUCAACGUGAGGCAGCCCCUGCAGCUGGGUGGGGUGAAGCAGACCCCUGCACACAGACGCUUCCGGAGCUUCAAAGGCUGCGUGCAGAACCUGGUGGUGGACAGUCAGGUAUACGACCUGGGGAGUCCGGCCGAGAGCAUGGACAGCUCACCGGGCUGCAGCCUGACGGACGGCGUGUGUCUGACCGCGGAGGGGGCAUCGUGCGGCGUCCAUGGCACAUGUCUGGGAGAAUGGGGCUCCUUCAGCUGCGACUGCCAUGCGGGAUUCAGCGGACAUAAAUGCGACAGAGGUCUCCCCGAGUGGUCCUUCGAGAGGGACAGCGUGCUGCACUACCAGCUGCGGGACGUGACCGAUCCCCGGCACACUGACAUCCAGCUGCUCCUGCGCACCCGCACCUCCAACGGCAUCCUGCUCAGCCUCGCCUCACACAACACCAGCCGGCACAUCACCCUGGAGAUCGCGGAUGGGCACCUGAGCGUCCGUGCCGACUUGGGUGAGGGGGAACGGAACCUUGUCCUCGCUGGGCCACGUGUGGACGGAGGCCAGUGGAUACUGGCGGGCCUCGUGCGGCACGACAGCCUUUUCACACUGCGGCUGGAACGAGGCGGUGGGGCGCAUGAGGUCAGCGCCGUGCUGGCCCAGAGCCGGCGACUCGCUUACCCACCCGCUACACUGCUGCUGGGCUCGGGCCCCGGCCGUCUGGCCCACCAGGACUUCCACGGCUGCCUGCGGGACGUGCGGCUCAACGGCCACUCGCUGCCUCUGGACGGCCAGAGUACAGAUUUCGCCGCUGUGAUGGAGCGCCGGGGGGUGCAGCCUGGCUGCCACUCGGACGCCUGCGCCGGCAGGCCCUGCCGCGCCCCGCUGCACUGCGUGGACCUGUGGAGGAGGCACGAGUGCAGGUGUGCGGCUGGCCAGGUCAUGGUGCUGGACAACGUGUCGGGGCACCAGCACUGCGCCCCAUCCCCAUGUGCACCCUCCACCUGCCACAACGGUGGCACGUGCCUCACCCAGUCACCCCAGAACUUCCAGUGCCUUUGCCUGGACGGCUUCCGGGGCCAACGGUGUGAGGUCAGCCGGACGAAGGCGCUGCGCUUGGCCACCCUGAGCCCCAGCUCCAUCCUGGCCAUUAGCAUGUGUCUGCUCAUCUUCUUCGCGGUUCUGGUCGCCGUCACAGUGUGGAACCAGAAGGGCAGCCGAAGUAAGUUCCAGAAGCAAGGGGUGUACCACAUCCCGGCAGAGCACGAGAGCUAGGACAUCCGAGAGAACAUCCUGAAUUACAACGAGGAGGGAGGGGGCGAGCAAGACCAGAAUGCCUAUGACAUCACCGAGCUGAAGAGGCCCCUUUGCUCCAGCCUGUCCCAGUCAUCCUCCUGCACCACGGCUCCUCUUAUCAAAUCUUCCCAGGGCUCCCAGGAGGAGGUGCAUCCAGGAGGAGCCGCUGCUGCUUCCGUUGCCUGCCCCCACUCCGGCGGCUGCGGCACCCACUGCCCCAUGGACUUCCAGGGCUACGUCUCCCGUAUCGUGUGGGAGGCGGAUAACGAUGACCAGGCGUUCCCGGCAGACACAUACCACGUGUACUGUGUGGAGGGCGGAGCCUCGCCUGUCGGCAGCCUCAGCUCACUCGGCUCAGCCGCACCUGACGACCUCUUUGCCUAUGACUGCCUGCACCAGUGGGGCCCCAAGUUCGAGGCCCUGAGGGAGCUGUACCAUCGGCCCGAGCUCGUCCUGACCUACAAAGAGGCUGUUCAGAAGUACGGCCAGAGCCAGGACCCCCACUGAUGGCACAGUGCACCAAACUGAACCAGUUUCUUCACUUUCUUUAAUUUAAUUUAAGUCUUUGUAAAAUCAAAAAACAAAACUUUUUUUUUCAGAGUGACCUUCUUUCUCUUCUUUUUCUGUGAGGAAAUCGUCGAUGCUUUUUCUGUGAAAGGGGUUUGCAGGAGCGGAGCACUUGAAAGGUCGGGAGUCUAAUUUAUUGAUGUUUCUUUGUGAAAUUCUGAAUGCGCUGCAUUUAUUUGGGGGGUUAAAUAUUAAGAGAAACAGCAAGACGCCCCAGUACAUAAGUAACGGUAAUUUGUUUUUGGAGGCUGUGACCAGAAAUGCCAUGUGACCGGGGUGCAGCGUGAGAAUACCGCGUGCCGGUCUCUCGGUGACAAAGAAGGUCCCGGCAUCUCCGAUAAUCCUCACAGCUCCCGAGAGGAAGGAAGAGAUGGUUCCUCGCGUGUGAGCUGAUGCCGGCCUCUCCAAGCACACCGGUUUUCUUUUUAAUCCAGCCCCACUUGCACUACAAAAGCGCCUCCACUGCUCUGUGUAGGAUUCCUGAAUCCAUUUGCCAAAAAUACAGACUUUAAUAAGCUGAUAGUGGGGAAAUGCAUUCCACUGACAGCAAGCGAGAAUAGCUGGAUUUAACUUUAGAUGUUGACCAUUGACUGUAUGUGAAUUAUUUUUAUACUGCAAUACAUUCCCUCCUGGAUGUACACUGUGUUGAUGUCUGUUCUAGACUAUUUAUCUGUUUUUGUAUUGAGACGUGGGACUGCUUGAAAAUUCCCAUCUUCGGAGCUAAGUUGGGACAGACAUCUUGUGAUGUCAUGAUGGAAUUGCCAGAAUGUACUUAAGGAUGGGUUAGGGGUUAGGGUCAGUGGACAGUGAGGGAUAGGGGUGGUCCAGUCAGAGUCUAUUCAGCACCUAAACAACGGUGCAAAACAGCCACCACAACCGACCAUGUUAUUUUUAUUUACGUAUGUUUGAAACUUGAUAGCUAUGUUCCCAAAAUGGUUCCAUAGUAUAUUUUUAUUAAACAAAUAUAUAAUAAUCAAAAAUAACAAAGUUUGGUGUUACCACUACGUUUUGUAAAUGUCUGCACUGUAUGUGGGGUAUAUAUACGUAUAUACUGUAUACGUGUCCGUUCAUGGAGUCCUGGCAUGCGGAGAAAGUUCGUAAAAGUCGUGGAACAGGUACGCACUGCUGAAUAAUGCAGCCUGUGUUUGAUAAAAAAAACAGUAUCUCACACUCUGAAACGGUGAUCGUCUCUAAAUUCAGCACCCUUUAGCUUAUAAUGAGCUUCAGACUGGUACCUGUGACACUGGGAGGAAGCCUCGAGUAAGUAAGAAAUCGCAAAGGCUGUGUUUACGCCGCCCCAGUCACAUGACCCAAAAAGAACAUAUAGGCUGAGACGGAAAUUUGGACGGUGGGUGUCACAACAGCGAACACACAGCCAGCCUCCCCCCACCCCGCGCAAACCGCUUGCCACGCUAGCAGCGCUGCCAACCUCCCCUCUUCAUUGGCGCUCGUGUAUCACAGCACAUAUUCCUAGGAACACGCGAUGGGACACGGAUCAGCAGUAAACAUACUGUAUAGAGUCUGACAGAGGAGAGGAAAUCGGCCGUCAAAGGGACAGAAACGCUGUUUUUUUUUGGGUGCCACAGCAAUCCAGUGGCCCCUCGUCUGACCCUGAUCACCACUAAAGCAGGCUCACCGCACGCCUGCAUACUAUGUACAUAUUUUUGUUAUGUUGCAGCCUAACAUCAGAUAUUGUUUUUGUAUAUGAAAUUUUAAUAAAAAGAUUUUCCUGAUGGCAUCACAA